UCGCACCAGUCCUGUUGCCCCCGUAUUCGACAUCAAGGACAGUCGUUUCACAUGUUCAAAUUCGACUUUUCCAUCGACGAAGAAGCGGGUUCCGAUGAUGAGGUGCAGGUGACACUGUCCUCUGGAGCUGGAUCUUCGAAGACGCAGGCUGCAGCUGGAGAACAGCACGAGAGUGUACCUUACCUGUCCUCUACUGUGGAAGAGCUUGUCGCCCAUCUACCCACCUCCAUCUCAUACUCUCCGCUGCACUUGACCGUUGCUGGGGAGACCAGGGAGAUUCUGCGACGAGACUUAUACGAUGCGAGGUUCCAGGUCAUCGACCAACGAGAGGGCGAUGAGCCGACUGCAGAGGAAGAUUUAGAAUCGAAAUAUGUCGAUGCGGACACGGACCUCAUUCCGGGGACUUACGAGGGCGGGCUGAAAACGUGGGAAGGAGGGGUGGAUCUGGUUGAAGUCUUAGCCGAGUAUGACCAAAAGACACAUAAGCUUGUCGAGCGGAUAAGAGGCAAGAGGGUUAUGGAAGUCGGCUGCGGGACGGCCCUGCCGACUCUAUAUCUCCUUCAACGGCUUCUAGAGGCUCCCAUCUCGGAUGACACACCCACCACGACGCUUCAUCUACAAGACUACAAUCUCUCCGUCCUCCACCUCGUUACUUUGCCGAACCUCAUUCUAGUCGUCAUCCCUAACGACCAGUUCGACCAAGAGUCAGACGACCUAGACCUCUCCCCGCAGAUCGUCGAGACGUUCAAGUCUCGCUUGGCAGAGCACAAAAUCGAGCUCGAAUUCUCCUACGGCCCUUGGCAAGGACUCGCCGAGCACCUCCGUACGAGCGCAAAAAAGCAAGACUUGAUCCUCACGGCCGAGACGAUUUAUCGAGAAGACAGCGUUUCUAGCUUGUUGGACGUCUUGCGUUUCGGUUCGACGUCACAUUCGACCGCUGUAACGCGGAUCGAGGGGUUGGAGGAUCUCGACAAGCUCGACCUGGGAUCGAAAUGGCCAGAGACCGAGACGGUCAUCUUGGUCGCUGCCAAGAUCCUUUACUUUGGAGUCGGUGGAGGCUUGGUCGACUUUAUCAGACAGGUCGAGGCCAGGGGCGGUGAAUCGGAAGACGUCAAGUCGUGGCCAAAAGGCGUCGGACGCAAGGUCGUCCGAUUGUCAUGGCCUGAAGCUACAUAGACGCUUUUCAGACUGAGAUCGUGUAGUUCACGGUACA